AUGAAGGAAGAGCUUACCCACAGAGGUAAAAACGUUACUCACGUGGGAGACAAGCAGCAACGGAGACAUUUAACACAAAUACAGUUAGUAGUUUCUUUUGCUCUUUUGAAUUGUGAGCAGAGACUUGGGUGAAGCUGAGCAUAAAACCGGACGAGGUUAAACAGACACCAAAAUACGUCGUAACGCAAAUGACCGAAGAAAAUGAAGAUCUUCGCAAGACGAUCGAUGAGAAGGCCGCCAAUUUAUAUUGGAAGAUGAAGGCUUACCCACAGAGUUAAAAACAAGUAGGAGACAAGCAGCAACUUAGACAUUUAACACAAAUACAGUUAUUAUAGCUUCUUUUGUGUUUAUUAUGAACUGACAACUUUGCAACCACGGGGAAACUUACUUGUAGAUUCAAUUAUUAUAAAUACUUUUCCUGCUUAAUUUUAAUCAUAAGUUAUUGGUUGCCUUCAUUUGUGUCUUUGAAAGGCAAAAGCUCAAGAUGCACUAUGGUUUGCAGAAACUUAUUUUUUACUGCCAGAAUUUCUGUUGCCAAGAGACACCACUAGACAAUUGCAAGUCCAUGAAGUCAAAGUCACAAAAGAGCCAAGAGGUAAACUGUAGAUUUUAAACAUUCAACAAAUUCAUGUGUGCAAUACACAGGAUUUUCGCGGAAAUAAUGGCCUCUUUUCCAUUUUUUAUAGGUAACCGUGAAAGAGAAAACACAGAUCCAGGUCAAGAAAUACCCAGCAAACAAGAAAAAACCUUGAAGGUUGUAAAGGUGAGGAAAAUUGUAGAUACCUAAAUCUGAAGACAUGAGCAUGCUUUAAAAAGAAUUAACUUCUGGCACUUUGGAGUUGAUAUAGGAUAGAAUUAAAGAUAAAUGGCUGUCUAUAUCCUUGUCUAACAUAUUAUCUAUCUUACUAUCUGGCACAAGACUGAUAAUAUGCUAUUGCACUGAUCUACCACACACGAGAAAAAGCAGGCCUAUGAAAGGCUUUUUUCAUCAGAAAAGGAAAAGAUUGGGGCAAACCUGUUCAUAAUGAACAAGUUCUCCGUGUCGUGGAAGGCAUACCAUGAGUUAACACAGAUAGUUAACAGCCUCCCAAGGUCUUACUUAGUUGAAGGUUGCCAGGCCACAGUGGAUGAGCGGUGGAAGAUCACCGCUAAAACUCCAGGAAACAACCCAGACGCUGAACUACCACUCAAAGACCUGCUUGAACAAGAAAUAGAAAAGCAUGUAAGUAAAAUAUAGUUGAAAUUGUUGUUAAAGAUGUUAAAAAAUCCCUCUUACACUAUAGUGUAUUUGUUGUAUUUUUGUGAUUUACUGAUGGAAAAUUCAGG